GCCACUACAACGACAUUUUGCUUUGUACUUCCUUCUUGUUCUAGGCUUUGCUCACUUUUUUUUUUCAAUAAAACCGAAGGAGAGGAAGCAUGUAAGCAUUCCUCCUUAGAGUCGCUAUGCUGCUCGCUACUCGUGCGGAAUGCCGCACUACUAGUAGUUACCUAGGUACUCUGCUCGCCGGGAUCAAGAAGGAACUCCGCUGACUACAUAACUAAAGGACAACUGGGACUACAACGACUCCCGGCUCGAAGUUCUCGCAGCAUGCCAAUGGUGAGUUACGCAACAUAAGAUGGCAGUGCGGAAAUACGAAAGGAGGGCAAGCCACCAAGCCUAGGAUCGAUCUAUCCCCCGGCCCCCUCUCAGGGCUUGAGAGAAGCUCAGCGUAGAAAACCUUCUUCCACAAUCGAAAGGCCCAGCAGGAACUCAGGCUUUCCAAGCCACAAUCGUAAGGAAGUGCAACAUGGGUGGGCAAAGUCGCCAACUGGAAUCAACAGCCUCUUUUUUGUUUGAGGGUCCCCGAGAGCGCCGUAUCGUACGGUGUGUGGUAUGUACAAUGCUUCUUCGCAGCAAAUCCGCCGUCCAACUCUAUCUUGCUUCUAGUGCUCCCAAGGGUGCUUCCAGCCGAGAAGAACGGGCCCUGCGAGGUCGUGUCAGCUGCUGCUUGUCUUCGAGCGGGUCGAUCGUCAUUACCGUCUUUCUUUGCCCUGUAGAAGAUCUGUUGGAGCCCUCGGUCAGCAGUUCACCCUACAAUUGGCCGUGCUUGUUGCAAUGUCCCACAACCUACCCAGAACCACAUUGUCGCACCGAGGCCCUUGGCCAAGAACUGGUGGACAGGUUUAACGUGCGGUCCGGCGCCGGCCAUCGUGUCCGUAUCUGCGUCUGGCGGCGGUGCUGUGAGAACCAAUUCGGCGCAGCUUGAGGGUGAGUUGAUUGCCUAACCUUUCCCGAGUUGGAUUGGCGGUGCGCAAUGGCGGUGCGCAAGGGCGGUGCGUGAUGUGGUUCGUCACGUUUGCGCUUGAUUGAUGAUGCGUUUGAGGUCCUCAGGUCGGCUUAUUGUGCAGUGCCAAUGAAGGUCCAAUUGACCAGGGUUAGGGUGGUAGACGUAACCAGAUAGGCUCGAUACCUACCUUACGGUAAG